AUGACUUAUCCAACAAAUUCAACUCAUACCAAUAAUGAGGAAAACUUGACGUCAUUGCCAGACUAUGACUAUGAGAUGGACUCCUCCAAACCAAGUAAGGAGAUUGUUCCCGAGACAUCUGGUGCCGAACUGGAUACCACCGAAACACUAGACAAGAAGGCAAAGUUCAAAGAUAGUUCAUUUCGUUACCUUGGUCUAUUCUUUAUGUGUCUAAUGACAUUUGGAAGUUAUUAUAUUUAUGAUAUUCCAUCAGCCUUGACACAAGAUACUGUUGAUGAAUGGUAUGGAGUGACUGAGGUGAAAUAUGGUCUGUUGUACUCUGUGUACAACUUCCCGAACAUGAUCAUUGUAUUCUUUGGAGGAUUUAUGAUUGAUCGUGUGUUUGGACUUCGUCUAGGCUCUCUAUUGUUCUGUGUGUUGGUACUUGCUGGCCAGAUCAUCUUCUCCAUCUCUGCAAGCUCCAAGACCUACUGGUUGGCCCUGCUAGGUCGUAUCAUCUUUGGAUUCGGAGGUGAAUCCCUAAGUGUUGCCCAGUCGACAUUCACCGCCACCUGGUUCAAUGGUCGCAGCGACCUCAACCUUGCCUUUGCCAUCACUCUAGGCUUCUCUAGAAUUGGAAGUGCCGUCAACUUCCAGGUGACCCCCGCACUGAUAAAGUCAUCGGGUCUUCCAUUCGCAGUAUGGUUCGGUACCAUCUGUUGUGGUGUCUCAAUGGUUGCCACCGUCCUUCUUUGUACUGUAGACACAAUCCGUCUCAAGAAAGAGAAGUUCACCGUCAAGAACGAUCCAAUCUCCAUCAAGGACAUUGCUAAGUUCCCUCCAAUGCUCUGGGUAUUGAUAGCUGUUGUAGUCUUCUUCUACAUCCCUCUCUUUGUCUUUGUUUCCAUCGGAACUCAAUUCUUUAUUGACAAGUUCGGUGUUACUGAAGACUUUGCAGGCGUGUUGACCAGUAUUCCAUACUAUACCGCCGCUCCAUCACCUGUGAUUGGAUUCCUGAUCGACCGAUUCGGAAGGAACUUGUCCUGGUUGUGGGGAUCAACCAUUCUCCUGCUACUCUCCCACAUCGUCCUGGGCUUCACAUCUGCCGACCCAUAUGUUGGUAUGAUCCUGAUGGGCUUUGCCUACGCAAUCAUGGCUGCCUCGAUCUGGCCCUGCUUCCCUGGUCUUGUCUCAUCCACCCGUCUUGGCACAGCUUAUGGACUGGCAUUCGCCUUCCAGAACCUGUGUAUUGGACUUGUUGGUAUGGGCAUCAACUCAAUGCUCGAGACCUACGACAACAACUAUGACUACGUGGAGGGACUCUUCAUUGCCAGUUCUGGAGUGGCUGUGAUCCUCGUCUCUGUCCUGAUCUUCAUGGAUCUCAAGGCCAAGUGUAUCAAUGUCAGUGCCAAAGACUUCAAGAUAAACAUCAUUGCCCUCAACACCAAGACUGAUGUUCAGGAGCUUGAAGACGUUCCAGUCGAUUCCGAAUCGUCAGAAAAGGCCAAUUCCGAGACAGAAUCAGUUAACAACUAUGAUGGUAGAGAUGAUUAUGAAGUUGUAUUGGAGAAGAACAAGGAGGUCGAGGCUUAA